GUCUACACGAUCCAUACAGAGUUGACGUGUUGAAUUUCGUGAACACUCCCACAAUCUUGCAGAUGUGGAACAUCAAUUCUAUUUGAAAUAUAAUUAACGGAAUCGUACAACUUAUAUUCUUACAUAAUUCAAUUAUAAAAGAACAAACUAAUUUGUUAUUAAUAAUAAUAAUACACGUGGCAUUGGCUAACAACAACAAUUUAAAACGUUUAUGAAAACGAUUUCACAAUAAUAACUCUAUGUUUAUUAUUAAUAAUUAUUAUGCGACGAAGUAAAACGUAUCCUUAAAUCAACCAUGGAAACGGUUCGUUUCGGGUUCAAAGCUGAAGAUGUCAUCGCGGAGGGCAGAACGACGCGCGAAGAGAUCGAGGAAUUGCGACGAAUGCUCGUCGACGUGAACGUCCCAGAAUUGACGGACGAGCAAAUCGUCCUCUUCAUAUUGUCCUGCGAUCGCGACCUGAAAUUCACCGUAACCACGGUAAAAGAGUACUAUUCUGCACGCAAGAAUGGUCCAGAGUUGUUUAGCAACAGGGACUUAGAACGGCCUGAUCUUCAGUACCAAUUGGAUGUUAUAGAGUACAGUAUAUUUCCGGAGCGGACUGACGAUGGUUGUGCGGUUCUGUUCCACCGUUUGCACGACACCUACUUCAGUCAUUACCAGAUGGAGCAGUCGAUGAAGCUGCUCUUUAUGACGUUGGACUCGGCCGUUUUCGAUCAUCCGCCCACCGGACUCGUCAUACUGUUCGAUAUGAAAGGCGUGGGAUUGAUGCAUCUGACGCGGAUAAAAUUAGGAGCGCUCAGGAAGUUCUGUCACUACCUGCAGGAAGGUUUGCCUGUCAAACUGAAAGAAAUCCACGUGCUGAACACCGCUUACUUUAUCGACAAGCUGAUGGCAAUCAUUAAGCCGUUAAUGAAAAAGGAGAUAUUGGAACAGCUCCACUUCCAUGCACCCUCUGCAGAUAUGGAUAUGUUUUACCAGAACUAUUUGCCAAAGAAAUGUAUGCCGAGCGAUUUCGGCGGCGACCUUCCGGACGUCAGGGAACUUCACUGUGCGAACACGAAGAAGUUGCGAGAAAUGCAGACCCAUUUCGAAUCGGAAGAACGACAAAGGUCUAAUUACUAUCAGAAGCAGAAAUAGCUGUUAAAUAACUUAUUUUAUGGCAAAAUUAAUUUGAUCUAUUUUGCAAUUAUCUGAGGAAUCAAAUAAAAGUCGUGUUUUAAUAA